AGUGCCUCUUAAGUCCACAGCAUACCUGCUACAACUUCAGUACUCAGAAGUACAAAGUUAUACAACAGAAAAUAGAGAGCAACAACAAGAAAAAAUAAGCCAAAAAUUAGUUCAAUGUUGAAAAAGGAGAACAGCAGCAACAACUGGGCAAGGGUGUGUGACACUUGCCGGUCUGCUGCAUGUACCGUUUACUGCAGAGCGGAUUCCGCCUAUUUGUGUGCGGGCUGUGACGCCCGCAUACAUGCAGCAAACCUUGUGGCUUCACGUCAUGAGCGUGUUUGGGUUUGCGAGGCCUGUGAGCGUGCUCCUGCAGCCUUUCUUUGCAAGGCGGAUGCUGCCUCGCUUUGUGCCUCCUGCGACGCUGAUAUCCAUUCUGCUAACCCCUUGGCACGCCGUCACCACCGUGUCCCAAUUAUCCCUAUUCCAGGUACCCUGUAUGGUCCUCCAGCUGUUGACACCCUUGGCGGUGGUACUUUGAUGAUUGGUGGCCCCGAGGGGGAUGCAACGGAGGAUGAUAGGUUCUUGAGUUUGACUCAGGGUGCAGAUGAUACGACAAUAGAUGAAGAAGAUGAAGAUGAAGCAGCUUCAUGGUUAUUGCUGAAUCCUCCUGUUAAGAACAACAACAAGAACAUUAAUAACAACAAUAACAACCAAAGUAACUAUGGGAUGUUGUUUGGUGGGGAAGUAGUGGAUGAAUACUUGGAUCUUGCGGAGUAUGGAGGGGAUAGUCAGUUUAAUGAUCAAUACAGUGUUAAUCAGCAGCAACAACAUUACUCUGUUCCUCAGAAGAACUACGGAGGAGAUAGCGUGGUGCCAGUUCAGGGCGGACAUGGGAAAUCUAUGAUUCUCUACCACCAACAGCAACAACAACACCACCAACAACAACAGCAAAAUCACCACCUGAGUUUUCAGCUGGGAAUGGAGUAUGACAACUCUAACACUGGAUAUGGUUACCCUGCUUCUAUGAGUCACAGUGUUUCGAUGUCGUCCAUGGAUGUUAGUGUUGUUCCAGAAUCUGCACUUAGUGAAACUUCAAACUCCCACCCACGACCUCCAAAAGGGACCAUUGACCUCUUCUCAGGCCCUCCGAUUCAAAUGCCUACCCAGCUUACUCCAAUGGACAGGGAAGCCAGAGUCCUUAGAUACAGAGAGAAGAAAAAGAACCGUAAAUUUGAGAAAACCAUAAGGUAUGCUUCAAGGAAAGCGUACGCAGAAACAAGGCCAAGAAUCAAAGGUCGAUUCGCGAAAAGAACAGAUGUAGAGGCUGAAGUAGACCAGAUGUUCUCCACACAAUUAAUUGCAGAUAGCAGUUAUGGAAUUGUCCCUUCAUUCUGAAUGCAGCAAAGAGAAGAUCAACUACAAGUCCCUAAACCUAAUAUUAAUAUUGUACCUUACAUCAUUAUCAAUCUAACUAGCUAUUGAAUAAUGAGAAAUGUACUAAAGUAGUUUUCCACAGAGGAUUUUGUUAAAUUCUCUGCAUUGUUGUAUAUGUAAAGAGAGAUCUUCCUUGUAGACCGUGUUGCAGUCAAUACGUGCAAUUUUUCUGAGUAGAAAGUAAAGAAAAAGCCCCUCCAGUGUAAAAGAUUGACCCAACAAGACAAAAAGUACUAGUUCUGCAACAAGAAAAGAAUUGACUGCAGUAUCACCAAGGAGCGGAUGGAAUAGAUGAGAUAUUUGCCUCCCUAAUCAGAGGUCUCGGGUUAAUGGAAAACCUUUUGGUGAACCUACCCUGCACAAAUUUAGAUACCAGAUGCCUAAAGGGAAAAAGAAAAAGGAAAAGAAGAAUUGACUGCAGCUAACUUUUCCACAUUAAGAAGAGUUCAGUGCAGCCACAAGAAAUGGGAAAAACACAAUUGCCAACAACCUCUGGAUGCUCAGUGGCUGUGUGUGAAAUUGUGAGCUGGUGCAAUAUCAUUGAAGUUCAGUUCUACUUUCUGCUUUUUGCUUUCCACGGGGGUAAUCUUUUCGUUGGAACUUACUCUUUUUGAAUGACAUAUAAUGUUUAUCAA